AGGUCGGGAGAAGGGAAGAUUGUGGAGCGUCUCUGUUGGGGUCGCAGGUGCGGGAACUGCGCAGCCGGGACGGGGACUUCGCGUGGCCUGGAGCUUUGCUGAGAGCCGCGUUCUUGUGGCGGGGGCGGAAGUGCUGAAUCUUCACCGUCCUCUACACUCUCCCAAAACCUACCGAAAAUGAACAUAUCUGAGAUUGAUGAGAAAUGUGCUUUCACAGACAUCAGUGUCAUUCAGGGAUGUGACUGUGGAGUUUACCCUGGAGGAGUGGCAGUGUAUGAGCUCUGCUCAGAGGACCCUGUACAGAGAUGUGAUGCUGGAGAACUACAGCCACCUUGUCUCAUCGGGGUAUUGUUUAACAAAACCAGAUGUAAUCGUCAAGUUGGAGCAAGACGAUCCAUUGUUGUUAGAGGAAGAGAUUCUAAGCAAGAGCCAUGCAGACUGCAAACUUGAUAACCUCUUAGAGAAAAGCCUGGCAAAUCAAGGAAAACAUUUGCAGCAAGACUUUUUUACUCAACUUCAGAAUACAGACACAGGUGAGAAAACUUUCAGCCAGAAGUCACACUGCAGAGAACAUCAGAGCACUCACUCAGAAAUAAAGCCCUUUGAAAUUGGAAGUAACUUAAGCCCUAAUGCAGCCCUUACCAUGUCCCAGAAACUUGACACAAAGAGGAGCUUCUGUGAUGAUACCAUAUUUUGGCAAACCUUAUACCCUCAGACUACCUUUACUGUACAUCAGAGAACUCAAAUGAGUGUGAAACCCUAUGAAGAAUGUGGAAAAUCCUUCUCUAGGAAGUCAUACCUCAUUGGACAUCAGAGAACUCAUAGUGGGGAGAGACCUUAUGCAUUCAAUGAAUGUGAGAAGACUUUUACCCACAUGUCAUACCUCAGAGAACAUCAGAGAAGUUGCAUAGGGGAGAAACCCUAUGAAUGUAUUGAAUGUGGGAAAGCUUAUGGCCAUAAAUCAACCCUAAAAAGACAUCAGAGAACUCACACAGGGGAGAAACCCUAUGAGUGUAGUAAAUGUGGAAAAGCCUUCUAUAGAAAUUCUCACCUCACUGAGCAUCAGAAAAGUCACACAGGGGAGAAACGCCAUGAAUGUACUGAAUGUGGGAAAGCUUUUACCCACAUAUCAUACCUCAGAAAACAUCAGAGACGUCACACAGGGGCGAAACGCUAUGAAUGUGGUGAGUGUGGAAAAUCUGUCUGUAGGAAGUCAUACCUCAUUGUGCAUCAGAGAAUUCACACAGGGGAGAAAGCCUAUGACUGUAAUAAAUGUGGGAAAACUUUUAGACAUAAGUCAUCCCUAAAAAUACAUCAGCGUACUCACACGGGGGAAAAACCCUACGAGUGUAAUAAAUGUGGAAAAUCCUUCAAUAGAAAAAGUUACCUCAGUGAUCAUCAGAGAAGUCACACAGGGGAGAAACCCUAUGAUUGUAAUAAAUGUGGAAAAUCCUUCCAUAGAAAGAGUUACCUCACUGAGCAUCACAGAAUUCACACUGGGGAGAAACCCUAUGAGUGUAACAGAUGUGGGAAAUCCUUCUAUAGAAAGUCUUACCUCAUUCUGCAUCAGAGAAGUCACACAGGGGAGAAACCCUAUGAGUGUAACAAAUGUGGAAAAUCCUUCUAUACAAAGUCUUACCUCACUGAGCAUCAGAGAAGUCACACAGGGGAGAAACCCUAUGAGUGUAACAAAUGUGGAAAGUCCUUCUAUAGAAAGACUAACCUCACUGAGCAUCAGAGAAGUCACACAGGGGAGAAACCCUAUGAGUGUAACAACUGUGGAAAGUCCUUCUAUAGAAAGUCUAACCUCAUUGAGCAUCAGAGAAAUCAUACAGGGGAGAAACCCUAUGAAUGUAUUCAAUGUGGGAAGGCUUUUAACUGGAAGUCAUUACUAAAUAGACAUCAGAGAAUUCAUACUGGGGAGAAACCCUAUGGAUGUAAUGAAUGUCAGAAAGUUUUCACCUAUAAAGUCAACCUCAGGUUACAUCAGAGGGUCCACACGUGAGAGAAACCCUAUGAAUGUAAUACAUGUGAAGUAUCUCUCUCUAGGAAGUUUCACUUCACUCGGCAUCAGAGAAUUCACACAGGACAGAAACCUUAGGAGUGUAACAAGGGUGGAAAAUCCUUCAAGAGAAAUUCUCAUCUACCUCUGCAUCAUAGAAUUCACACGGGAGAAACCCUGGUGAAACCCUAUGGAUGUAAAGAAUGUGGAAAGUCCUUCUCUAGGAAGUAUUACCUUAUUGGACAUCAGAGAACUCAUAGUGGGGAGAGACCUUAUGCAUGUAAUGAAUGUGAGAAAACUUUUACCCACACGUCACACCUCAGAGAUCAUCAGAGAACUCAUACAGGGGAGAAACCUUAUGAGUGUAGUGAGUGUGGGAAAGCUUUUAGCCAUAAGUCAACCAUAAAAAGACAUCAGAGAAGUCACACAGGUGAGAAACCCUAUGAGUGUAAUAAAUGUGGAAAAGUCUUCUAUACAAAGUUUCACCUCACUGAGCAUCAGAGUAGUCACACAGGGGCAAAACGCUAUGAAUGUAGUGAGUGUGGAAAAUCUAUCUGUAGGAAGUCAUACCUCGUUGUGCAUCAGAGAAUUCACACAGGGGAGAAACCCUAUGAAUGUAAUGAGUGUGGAAUAUUUUUCUAUAGGAAGUCAUACCUCACUGGACAUCAGAGAACUCAUAGUGGGGAGAGACCUUAUGCAUGUAAUGAAUGUGAGAAAACUUUUACCCACAUGUCAAACCUCAGAGAACAUCAGAGAACUCAUACAGGGGAGAAACCUUAUGAAUGUAGUGAGUGUGGGAAAGCUUUUAGCCAUAAGUCAACCCUAAAAAGACAUCAGAGAAAUCACACAGGGGAGAAACCCUAUGAGUGUAAUAAAUGUGGAAAAUGUCUCUCUAGGAAGUCUCACCUCACUCGGCAUCAAAAUUCACACAGAACAGAAACCUUAGCAGUGUAGUGAGUGUGGAAAAUCCUUCUGUGAAAAUUCUCAUCUACCUCUGCAUCAGUGAAUUCACAGAGGAGAAACCCAAUGAAUGGGUUGAAUGUGAGAAAGCUUUUAGCUAGAUGCCAGUCCUAAAGACUUCAGAGAACUCACACUGGGGAGAAAUCCUAUUAGUAAUGAACGUGAGAAAGUUUUCCCCUGUAAACUAAACCUCAGAGUACAUCAGACAGUCCCCACGUGGGAGAAACCCUGUCAACGUAGUAAACUUUAGAAAACUUAAAGCAGCAACCCAGGCCUACGAACACAUCAGAGAAGUCACACGGGGAAAUCCCAUUAACAUGAUGAAUAUGGGAAAGCUUUUAGCCAGAAGUCAGGUCUUAGGAAACAUCAGACUGAAAAACUCUAUGAAUGUAACGGAUAUGGGGAAACUUCUACUGGAAGUGCAGCAUCAGAGAACUCAGGGGAAGAUUAAUGAAUAUAAUAAAUGUGGAAAUUUUCUCUUCGAGAAAUCAACCAUCAAUCAACAAAACUCACAGAGAAAUCCCGCAUGUGUAUUGUGUAUGGAUAGUGUUUCAACCAGAUUUCAGCCCUCAUUGGACAUUAGAGGACUCACACAAGAGGUAAAUCCUUGAAAUUAAUCACUUAUGAACAGUCUUUCCGCCAGACUACUCAGUGGGUGUUUGAAAUUUACACAGGAAAAAAUCCUGUGAAGGUAAUGGAUGAGGAAAACUUUUCUACCCAAAGACCACCUUCAAUUUAAUUGUACUGGAAUCCAACAUGAGGGUAGUGGGAAUUAUGCACUUUUUAUGUAAAAACUAUCAUUAUGUAAACAUGUUAGAGGAUACAUUUGGAUAGUUAAAAUACCUCAU